UUAAAAAUGGCAACCAAAUACGAAAUGUCCAAAACUUAUCAAUACCGUAAAGUCAUGAAACCUCUAUUGGAACGUAAACGUCGUGCUCGCAUCAACAAGUGCCUCGAUGAUUUGAAAGACUUGAUGGCUGAAUGUUUCCAAAGCAAUGGCGAAAACAAUGUUAAAUUCGAAAAGGCUGAUAUCUUGGAAGUAACCGUACAACACUUGCGCAAAUUGAAGCAACAAAAAGAGCAAAUCGCCCACAACAAUGUAGCUGCUCAACAAAGUUUCCGUUCUGGUUAUAUACAAGCCGCCAAUGAAGUAUCACGCUGCAUGGCCAGUUUACCCAAAGUGGAUGUACAAUUCGGUACUAAACUCAUGACUCAUUUGGGUUUACGUCUUAGCCAAUUGGAAGCUCCCCAAGAAAUCCCAACUGCUGUCAAUACUCCUUUAAGCGUAACCUGCUCCACUCCUCAUUCUUCAACUGCCAUGUACAGUCCAGUAUCCAGUGGUUAUGCCAGCGAUAGUGAUUACUCACGUUCAUCUCCUGCUCUAUCACAACCACAGGGUCUCUUGCAACCAGCCUCCAACAACAAUAGCACACCGGUCUGGCGUCCUUGGUAAAUUGUGGUCACAUUAACACAAUUAUCCAUCAUUGUAAAAACAAACAAACAAAUACCAGUAGUGCACUUGAG